AUUUAUGCAUAAGCUCCGUGAAUCUCCAUCUAAAAUCGGCGAUGCCUUCUCUGCAUCCGCAAGUCAGAAUCUCCGCGUUUUAUUCUCAAUUUUCUUUGCUUCCAUUUGACACUCUUCUCCAUUUUCUCCCUCGCCCCUCACUCUUUUAAAUCUCCUUUCUCCAUUAAUCCCCCAUUUCUGAUGCUGUUUCAUCACUUUACCAUCACCCAUCUCCCCAAUUUCUGAAGAUCUGCCUCUCAAUCCCAUCAAUAUGGGUUCCCUUUCGCCUAAUAUCAGCUGGGAUUACCCUUUUACUCCCAAAACCAUCGCCGAUUUCCUCCGUCGUAUCUCCACCAUGACUAAUGCGUCCGAGCGCCUCUCCAGACUCGACGAUUUUGUGAAGAAUUUGGAGGAAGAAAUGAAGAAGAUCGACGCCUUCAAGCGGGAGCUUCCCUUCUGUAUGCUUCUGUUGAACGAUGCGAUUCUUGCUUUGAAGGACUCUUCACUGCAAUGUGGUUCUUCUUGCUCUUCCCCGAAGCCCAAACCAGUUCUUGAGGAAUUCAUUUCGUUGAAGAAGGACUCUGAUGAGAAUGAGGAAGAACAGGAUAGUAGAGAUAAGAAGGAAUGGAUGAGCUCUGUUCAGCUAUGGAAGACUGAUGACUUCCAAAACACCCCCCAAAUCAAAACCAAGAGAAACGAGGGGUGGGGUUACUUAGCUGCUGCUUCGGAGGAUCGGUUUCGGCCAUGUCGAAAUAAGGAUGAAGAGAGUUCAUUUGUUGGGUUUAAGUCAUCUUCUUCUGCUUUUCCAGCCGUGGCUGCUGUGAAGAAGCAAGAGAAGAUUGAAUCUCCCAUUUGUGCACUUUCUUUGGUCACUCCCAGCUUGAAGAAUCCUACAGAUGAAUUGGGAUCCUGUGUUUUGCGGUCGAGUGGCAACCGAGCUACUUCGACCUCUGCUCCUGAUGUUCAGUCCAAUCUACGGACUGUAUUGCCACUGCAGCAGCAGCAGCCUGCCCGCAAGCAGCGGAGGUGCUGGUCCCCGGAGUUGCAUCGACGAUUCGUGAAUGCCUUGCAACAACUUGGAGGCUCACAAGUCGCAACUCCAAAGCAAAUUAGGGAACUGAUGCAGGUGGAUGGCCUAACCAAUGAUGAAGUAAAAAGCCAUUUACAAAAAUACCGUCUUCAUACUCGGCGACACCCCUCGACCGCAGCUGCCCGAGCAGACCAAUCCCCGGUUGUUUUAGGAGAUCUAUGGAUGCCCCAAGAUGGGUGUGGUGAAUCCUCAAAGGUGAGCAGCUCUCAGUCAGCCUCACCACAAGGUCCGCUCCAGUUGGCUGGAAACGGAGGGUAUUCGACAACAGGAGGCGAGAGCGUGGAGGACGAGGAAGAUACGAAAUCCGAAAGCUAUGGCUACUGGAAAACUCAGGCUCACACUGGCAAAAGAUGAUGUAAAAAGUUUUGAGGCAUAAUAAUACUAUACAGUAUUGGAGUUUGUCAAUUACAGAGGGAUUGUUGUACACAGUACAUAAAAGAGAAGAGAAUCAGAAAGAUGAAUAUCACAAGAUAGAGUGAAUCAAGGAAGCUGUGAAUUAUUUUUGCAGGAUUAGUUUGAUUUUUUUUUUUUCUGAAAAGAAUACCCUCUUCUUCCCCCUUUUGGGAAUUUGGGAUAAUAGUUUUCAAGAUCUUGUUUGUAUUGAUAAAUCUGAUAUAUUUCAUCUCUUCAUUUUCAUCAAA